AUGGAAAUAAAAUUGUCUGAAGACAGUUCUCCUCCCUGGCAGACUAAGGAGACGGACUCAACCAAAGAUCCAAAAGUCGAUCACUGUGGAAUCGGCUUGUGGCGCCCUUCCUGUCUUGAACCCCUCCGUGAUAUCCGUGCAUUUAUAGCAGCAAUGUGUUUUGUUUCUUGUCUUCAAGCCUCUUUUUCUGGCUACACCAGUUCACAGAUCACAACAAUCGAAAAGAGAUUCGCCAUCGGUAGUAUCGUUAUUGGAACGAUAAACUCCUUCUUUGAAGUUGGUUAUAUUAGCUGUGUUAUGAUUGUUAGCUAUUUGGGAGCCAAAGGACGAGUACCUCUGUGGAUUAGUUGCGGUCUUUUUGCCAUGUCAUGCGGUGCAUUUCUCUUUUCAACUCCCCAAUUCCUUUUUCCAUAUAAUCCCUCCCUCUCUACACAUGGUCAUGAACACCUGUGUUCCAAAAAUCUUGAAAGUCAAAAUUUUUCUUCAAAGACCUAUUGCAAUACAAAAGAGUUUGGAUCGUUUCAUUUCCUACCUAUUCUCCUUUUUGCGCAAUUUCUUAUCGGUGCUGGUUCGAGUCCCAUUUUAACACUCGCUCCUCCUUUUGUUGACGACCACGUUCCGGCUUCUAAAGCCCCUGCUAUGAUUGCUUCUCUUUAUGCGUCUGCUGCACUUGGUCCUGUAUUUGGGUAUGCUCUUGGUGCUUUAAUGCUUCAGCAUCCGAUGGAUAAGUGGUCAAAACAAAAGGUUAUUGGGAGUCAACUUACCCCGGCCUCUGAAGAUUGGAUUGGUUUAUGGUGGGCUGGUUAUAUCAUUCUCGGUCUAGGAGUUUUAAUCGGUGCUUAUAUACUCAUAAUGUUUCCUCGGACACUUCGCUCUACAUUCACUCCACACAAACGCUCUCUGGAGUCAUCUGUCAUAAUACCUGGAUCGAUUUCUCCAUCUCCAGCUCUAGAGGAUUCGAAUAGGAUUCCUAUUGGGGUAAAUAGUUCUCAAGGGAUAUCCGGUCAGCAGGCUCUUCCAUCAUCCUCUUCCUAUCAAAAUCGGGCCUCUUACCAGUGCCACAAGAGAUCAUUCUCGGGAAAUGUACCUUUCAUUUCGGCUUCACCUACUCCAAAUAGUAAUACAAAUUUUUUUCCUCCACGACCUCGUCAUCAAAGAUCGGCUUCUGUGAGUAGUAUCCUUCUACAUGCGGCGAUUAUUGCUGCUACGGCAUCGCAUGCAGCUGAAGAAGAUGAAGCUCUGCCUUCAACAGACACGUAUUCGGAAAGCUCUUCCGAUGAUGAAUACUUCAGUGCUUCUCCACAUGAAACAGAAAGACCAAACGAACGGCGAAGUCGAAUAGACCAAACAGGCACCAAUGAGUCAAAAGUUUUCCAUUCCCCAAUCUAUCGCAGCAAAAGUCUCACAGCUCGUCAACAGCAUCAGCAUCAUCGCCGUUGGGCCUCUAGUUUCUGGUCUUCCUCAAGGUCAUACAGUCGAUGUAUGCCUGCGAGUCGUCUUUCAAGGAGAUCUCAAAAUACCGCUGACUCUUUGGGUAUUCCACCGCCAAUUCUGGAUGUUAUGGUUGAGGAUACUACUGCUGAAGCGUCUACAAUAUCAAAUGUUCCAAAUGUAAGCUAA